AUGGAGUGGAGUGGAUUAGACAAAGUAGCUGUUGUCACUGGAGCCAGUUCUGGAAUUGGUAAAGCAAUUGCCGAAUUACUCGUCUUAAAAGGUUUAAAAGUUAUUGGUCUUGCUCGUAAUAUCGAUAAACUCGAAGCACUUUCUGAAGAAUUGAAAUCUAAACCAGGCAAAUUGUUACCUCUACAAUGCGAUUUAACGAAUCAGAGUGAAGUCUUGAAAGCGAUAGAAUGGAUAGAAAAGGGAGUAGGUUGCGUUAACAUUUUAAUUAACAACGCAGCAUUAAACAUCGAAGCAGGUUUCUUAUCCGGUGAAAUAGAAGAUUGGGAAAAAACAUUGGACCUUAAUAUUCUUGGUCUAACAUGCAUUACGAAGGAAAUUUUGAAGCUGAUGAAAAAGAAGGGUAUCGACAAUGGUUGCAUCGUAAACAUAAACGAUACAUUGGGAUUAAAGAUUCCGGCGAAUCCGGAACGUCCAGCUUCUCCUGCUUACAUAUGCAGUAAAUUUGCACUUACAGCGUUGUCUGAGUGCCUUCGUUUAGAACUAGCACAGCUAGAAUCUAACAUUAAAGUUAUUUGUAUUUCUCCCGGAUUGGUUGAAACCGAUAUGACUCAGCAAUGGUUAAAAGAAAAUCCACGUUUAGCUUUGCUACCGAAAGACGUGGCCGAAGCUGUUCUUUACACGUUGCAAACAUCAGACAACGUUCUUAUAAAAGAUCUUAUUAUUACACCUAUUCGUGAACUUUAA